AAUCUCAGUCUUAAGAUUUCUCACUUUUGGGUGCUUCCAUCAGGGCUGCAUCGAUACCGCGCAUGCGCACAGAGACAGUCUCAACGUUAGGAGGGGGGUAAAAGUUGCGUGCGUGUUUUUGUGCGUGCGCGCGUUUAAAAUGAGCGAGUAACAGGGAGAAGCGGGUGUGAGGAGUUCAGUGGGCGAUCCACCGACUGAAUCAUAUCAGCAAGAUGAAUUCUGGGACUCGUGCGUCUCUAAUUACAUGCAAUAAGCACAAGCGGGCGAUGUGAUAGGCGCGAGCUGCUCUGAGCCACUGAUGCCAUGCUGAACUUCACAAGAGGAGCAGCUGAGAAAUAAAGGAAAGAAGGGAAAAAGAUGGAUGACAUUCUUCAGAGGAGUCUGAGUGUUUUGGAUCGCCUCCUCCUCACACACUCCAUCUGGCUCCAGCUGUCAAUCAACCCUGACUCUGCCCUCUGCAUCCUGCAGCGAGAGAUCGUUGGGACUUUUCUGGUGUGCAAGUGUGUGGUCACUCAGAGGAAAGUGCUGUGUGUGAGGGUUCAGGAGAGCAAUGUGUGUGUUGCACAAUACCCAGUUCGAGAGGAAGACUCCACAUUCUCUCUGGAGAGCUCAGCUCUAAGUUUUCCUGAUUUGUGCAGAUUAGUGGCCUUUUACUGCAUUAGCAGGGAUGUGUUGCCUUUCCCACUCGAGCUUCCUGAAGCUAUCGCACAGGCCACCAAUCACACACAGCUAGAGAGCAUCUCACACCUUGGUUUGGAGUUCUGGAGUUCUCAGGCCACCCCUGGCCCCCCUAACGGCCCUCCUGCCCUGUCUGUGAGCUGGUCCUCCCGGCCACGAUCGCCAUGUUUCAUCAACCCCCUCUUCCUACAGCCUUCCCAGCCAAGUCGAGAGGCUUCACACAAACGCCACAGGUUGAAACGCAGCCUGCGAGUCCGCGUGUCCACUGAAUCCUCGUUCUGCCUGACCACUGGAGACUCUGAGUGGAACCAGGGCGAGACAGAUACACUGAGGAGCAAUGAGAGGAUGGCACGGAGGGCAGGGGGCCUAAGCAUGCUUAGAAGAACCGCUGCUCUGGCACCUACCUCAGAAGAAGAGGAUGAGCAGAUGCUGGGAGUGGUGCCCCCAACAUCAGUCCCACAGCCGGAGAAAUCUGAUCUUAAUGACAUACCACAAGAUGAAGGGCUCUGUUUGGCACUGGAACGCCGUCAUGCUCCUUCCCUCGCCGAACUAGACAGCAACAGCUCCUUCAGCAGCUUGGAGGAAGAGGAGUCGCAGCCAGACUCAGCCCUGCAGUGGCCUCCUCUUACACGGGGCACCCGUUUCCCUGUCGCCAACCCUGCCUCCACCCUCCGCCGCAUGAGUGCUGCAUUCGUGUGUGUAUUUGCUCCUGAGCGGCGUGUAGCUCGGCUGGUUGAUGAGCUGUCUCGGGAAAGGCGCUCUGCUUUUGGAUCCUUGGUCCAGGAUUUCUUACUAAAGCAAAAGGAAGAAUUUAAGGUGCCAAGUUGGAGCUCGGCUGUGGAGCUGCUUCAGGGAUUAAGAAAGUUCCUUUCCCAGGCCAAGAGUCUGCUUCUGGAGGCUGGAGAACUGGAACCUCCCAUAGAGACCCUAGUGCCUGAGAAUGAGAAAGAGCUGGCUUUGGAGAAGGCUUUGUUUGGUUGUGUGCUGAAACCACUAAAAGUUCAUCUGAGCCAAAUGCUGCUCACACUACACACGCAGGACGGCACUCUCCAGAGAUUCACAAACAGCCUGCAGGCCUAUCAGGAGGGGACGCUACAGCUCCUGGGUGUAAGGGUGGCAGUCCUGAACUCUCCAGGUCUGGAAAGAGCAAAGAAAAAGCUCAAUCUGAUGCAGAGAAGCCACUCACCAAUAGACAAAGUGCUGCUUUUGCUACAGGUGUGCAAGAGUGUUUACAAGGCCAUGGGAGCACAAUCUGAACAGGAAUUCAGCUCAGAGGAUUUCCUGCCUGCUCUGUCCUAUGUGGUGGUUCAAUGUAAUAUUCCACAACUGCUGCUGGAGACGGAGUACAUGAUGGAGCUGCUGGAGUCUUCUUGGCUGUCAGGAGAAGGAGGGUACUACUUGACGAGCAUCUAUGCCAGUCUGUGCCUAAUCCAGAGCCAGCCUGGUACCCCAUGUUCUGGCGGUUUAACCAAUGAGGCUCGAGAGUAUUUGAGAGAAUGGAGCAAAAGAAGAUCCCAAGAAGCCAAACUCCAUAAAGAGAGCCAGCAGAAUCAGAGGUUUGUGCGUAUUAUUUUCCAGAACACCGAGUGUUGUGCAGCACAUACUCUCCACUGGAAAGCAGGCGAGAGCGUGGAAGUGUUAACCCGAACCUGCGCCGAGGUGUUUGCCAUAAACGAGCCACAACAUUAUUGUCUGUUCUGGAGGAAUGGAGGGGAGAUGCAUCCUGUUCCUCUACACACACAGCCUCAUGAGCUGGGUGUCCCCACCCUAUCCUACCUCCGCAAAGAUCACGACUUCAGCAAGAUGCGCAGGCUGACCAGAGGUGGCGCUGUCGAUCUUGAGGAGUCUGCAUGUGAGGAAUAAGGACUCCAUUGUACUUUGUUGGGGCCUGUUGUUCACAGUGGUAUGAGGGACUGUGUGUGUGUGUGUGUGUGUGUGUUGAUCUGAACAAAAAGCUCACGACUAUAACAUGAACGCUAGAUUAAUAGUGAACGAUACUUGGUAAAUGCUUAAAGCAAUAGGUGCCAGUAAGGUGUCCAAGAACUAGCCUACUUUUUAAAUAACCUGCUACACAGAAGAGAAGCACUGUAUGUGAUGUGUGGUUCUAAUCAGUCUUUGAACGGUUGCCAAGAUUCACUACGAAUUUCAAUACCAAAGUGUUGAACAUGAUUCCUUUAUACAGCAUCUUUUUUAACAGGUGGGUGAAUAAACAGUAUAUAUAUAAAUAUACAUGUAUAUUAUGUACAUUUACAUGUACGCAUCUAAGAUGCCCCAAGUGUCUGGAAAAUAUGAGGCUCUUUCAACUGUAUCGUAGUGCUUUAAAAUAUAUGUAUGUAUGGAAAAAAGAAGCAUUUUUCCGGUCUUGUAUAUAGAUAUAGUUCUAGUGUUGUCUUUGGUAUCUUUUUAAGCUGGAAACUUAUACUGUAAUUUAUUUUUGAGAAAAUGAUUUGAUCAUUUUGGCGAACGAUAUAAGGUCAUCCUCGGGUAAAUUUGCUAAACUGCACCGACUUAUUAAUUGUAUUUGAAUCGUGUCAAUAAUCUCUUAAAGAUGAUACUGCAGAUUUUUUUUUGUCAUGGUGAAUUUUCCAGUCUGUAAGAUGUGGCUGGACUGUGCAUCUGUACCGUGUUGCAUUCGCUGAAUGUGCUUUAAUGGUAACACCCCAUGGUGCUUUAAGUGAUCGCAUAAACAUGCUAAAUGAAUUGACUGGUUUCUCGCAGUGUCACCUGACCGUCUUAUCCUGUUUUACUGGAUCUCAUGCAGAAAAACCUUUGUAACACUUUAUUGUUGUGGUGUUUUGUAUGAACUUAUUCUACGUGAAUGUUAAUUUAAGUUGAGUCAGGAAAAAAUGUCAACAAUCCGUGAAAAUGGACUUGAUAUUCGGAAUGAUGUGUUUUGAAAUACGUGAUCUCUGCAUGCAGCCAGUUGUAAUGCGGUGCCGCUGAUGUCGUAUGCGCAUGUUUGAAUUGCUGAAGUGCAAAUCUUAGCUUUUAUUUUCUCUUGUUGCACUGGUGUGACUGUGCUGUAUUUUUGCCUUCACUAACAAAACAACAUUAAAUCUUCGUGGAUGUUAAGAGUUAAA